AUGACGCACAUUUCUGAUACCAGUCCCCUUCUUCCCGCUGAGCCUACUGUUGAGCGCUCAAUCUCUUACCAGAGCAGCCACACACCAUACGACACUCGUGCUCUUCAUCCUUGUCCUAGCAAACAUGAAGAAUGCCAUGUGGAUUACAGCGACAUCCUACGCGACAUCAUCAUUGGCUUCUCCGAUGGCCUCACAGUCCCUUUCGCCUUGACGGCUGGUCUCUCCAGUCUCGGAAGCGCAAAGGUUGUUAUUAUUGCUGGCCUAGCAGAGCUCUUCUCCGGUAUGAUUAGCAUGGGUCUAGGUGCCUACCUCGCAGCCGUCACAGAACGGGACGCCUACCACUCCCAAGCCUCCAAGAAGGAAUUCGCAGUCCACAACCGCCCCUCUGACGAGAGAACAGGUGUGUACGACGUACUACAAAAAUACUCCAUCUCCCGAAGCGCCGCAGCACCACUAGUCGACGAACUGUGCAAGUCCCCCAGCGAAUGGGUGCGCUUCAUGAUGGACUUUGAGCUCAAGCUUGAAGAGCCCAACGUCCACCGCGCGUGGAUCUCUGCUGUCACAAUGGGUCUGAGCUACUUCAUCGGCGGUCUUAUCCCCAUGAUUCCCUACUUUGUCAUGCCGCGCGUGCGCGAGGCUUUGUGGGUAUCGAUCGGAAUCACGGUUGCUGUCUUGUUGGUGUUUGGGUAUGUCAAGAACUAUGUUGCGAUUCGCAACCAUCGCGCGGGUGUUUGGGGAGCGGUGCAGACGCUUGUUAUUGGCAUGUUGGCCGCGGGAACGAGUUAUGCGAUCGUGAGGGGGUUGGACUCGGGAGAUGUUUGA